CUCCUAGUCAUUGGUUGCAAGGACAAACAUGUGUACGUGUGGGACGUUCACACCAUCGCCAAAGAAGCUGGCCUUGAAGACCUAUUGUCCUUUCCUGAUGUGAGUAAAUUUCGUGGUUUAAAUCGACUUAUAUCCCGCUCGCAGGUCGUAGAAUUGAUAGACGUACGUGUAAUAUUCUCGACCUUGUCGAUAACUGUAACAGGGGCAUUCUAGACCGAUGUCAUGCUGGCCGAGGACAAUUAACUACCACCACUUUUUUGCCAAUGGCGGGCGAGACACAGUGUUCAGUCCUCCGCACUGACGCCCGGUAUCCAACACCGUUCCUCUACCCGCCAGCCUCUUGCACACUCUUUGGGAAAUGGAAUUGUGCACCUCGCACGCCUUUCGCCGCUCUCCCUAUAACAUUAAUGAAGCAACCGAACUUCAGAAACGCCCAAGGCGAUCUAUCUUCUCCCAUCACGUUCCUCAUGUUGCCGAAGUUGCUCCAGUGCGGGACAGACAGUUACGUCUCUAUGCGCAUCUCCAAUAACUGGAGUUCAAUUAUUUCCGCGCAGGCACUGCACGUUGCUCCGUGGCCGGUAAAACAAAUACAGCGCCAUUCACAAGGUCAGACUCAGUCGCCGUCGUCACAAUCUCACCUGUCACCGCCUCGACGUCCACCGCACCUCCUGCUCCUGAUACCAAUACUACCACACCAGGUGCAGCAACCGUGCAGUCACGCUUCCUGUCGUUGUUGGCUUGUCUCGGGCUCUUUCUUUGCCGUUCAUUCCCCCCACGCGCUGAUGUGCAUUCAUACAGAUGCAGCAUAUGAACCGCUAUAUCAUCUUAGCUUCCGGUUCUUAGUAUGAUUACUUCAUUGUUGCUGUCCACCGCUAGUUUUUAACAAGCAUAUUCACGGAUACACAAUGGAGGAUAUCUACGACAAGGAGGGUCAAAAUUUUAAACUGGAGUGCUCCGACAAGAG